CGACAUGGCGGCCGAGGCGGAGUACGAGUCUGUCCUGUGCGUGAAGCCGGACGUCAGCGUCUACCGCAUUCCGCCCCGGGCCUCCAACCGCGGCUACAGGGCUUCUGACUGGAAAUUGGAUCAGCCUGACUGGACUGGUCGCUUACGAAUCACUUCAAAAGGGAAGAUUGCCUACAUCAAACUUGAGGACAAAGUUUCAGGGGAGCUCUUUGCUCAGGCGCCGGUAGAACAAUACCCUGGCAUUGCUGUGGAGACAGUGACCGAUUCCAGCCGCUACUUUGUCAUUCGGAUCCAGGAUGGCACUGGGCGUAGCGCUUUCAUUGGCAUUGGUUUCACAGAUCGGGGCGAUGCGUUUGACUUUAAUGUCUCCUUGCAAGAUCACUUCAAGUGGGUAAAGCAGGAAUCUGAGAUUUCCAAAGAGUCUCAGGAAAUGGACACGCGCCCCAAGUUGGAUCUGGGCUUUAAGGAAGGACAGACGAUCAAAUUGAGUAUUGGGAACAUUACAACCAAGAAAGGAGGUGCUUCUAAACCCAAGACUGCAGGGCCUGGGGGCCUGAGCUUACUCCCACCCCCACCUGGUGGCAAAGUCACGAUUCCUCCACCUUCCUCCUCAGUGGCCAUCAGCAACCAUGUCACCCCACCGCCCCUUCCAAAGGCUAACCACGGAGGCAGUGAUGCAGAUAUCCUGUUAGAUUUGGACUCGCCUGCACCUGUCACAACACCUGCAUCUGCACCAGCUCCCGUUUCUGCAAGCAACGACUUAUGGGGUGACUUUAGCACUGCAUCCAGUUCUGUUUCAAACCAGGCACCACAACCAUCCAACUGGGUCCAGUUCUGAAUGGCAUUGGCAAGACAGUAGGACAGAUUUGAAGACUAAUGAUGACCCCAAGGGCACCAGUCCGUGAGGGAAGUUAGAAACUCCUUCCCUCCCCAGAACCAAAAUGAUCGGACAAUCGUUUUCAUAGCUUCUCCAUUGCAUCCAAGCUGGUCGGUCACUCCCCUUUGUUGUUAUUUGCUGUUCAGCCGAGAGAGGAUCUGCCCUCCCCUGCUCACUCCCAUGAUAGGGGAGUCGUGGGUCUUGUCAUACGUGUGGCUGACAUACAGGGCUCACAGGCUAAGGUUUGAGGUGGAAGUGACUGCUAACAUCUGUAAAAUUCUUCUGUCUUUUAAUUUCUUUAACUGAAUUAUGUCAUGACCUCUUUGUGAACCCCCACUACCAAAUUUAGAGGAGACAAAAACCUUGAAACUUCCUUCUCCAGUGACUCAAGACUCUCAGAGUGGGUAGCCUAACCUUAGUGUUUACAGAUGAAGACUUUGGAUAGGGGAAGCUGUGGAGGGAGGCCUAUUUUCUGGGUCUCUGCCAAGCAUCCUUCAGGCUUCCCCUAUUCAGUAAGCAUCCAUUGCUGUGUGCAGCUCCUUCACCCUCUCGUGUGUUUACGUGUCUUCCUGCGAUCAGAGGGUUAUGUUGGUGGUACCUGCACAAUUCUUUCCUGUAUUGAAUAGCGCAACAUCUGUGACCAGUGGUGUCCCUUGGAUGAAGGAGAGUCAAGGGGCUGUGCUCUCCCAGUUAGAUGCUAGAGAAAUAUUUGUUUUCUUGCAGCUUCCUGUACUUGCUGCUUUUGAAGCACAGCUUUACUUUGUAUUUGCCCCAUUGUUUGACCUACAGUUGAAGAGUUUAGAGUUUUUAACCUCCUCUGUUGAGCAGAGAGAUUGAAAGCACUUAACUCUUGUUUGAUACCCACAUUGCCUUGCUGCCUGGAUAUCUGAGCCCUUUCCAUACACAUUUCUUUCAGCCCCUCAGCUCUUUGUUAGAGUGCUGCUGCUAUGUAUAUUGCCAUUUGUGUUUCUCUUUUUUAUGUAUCACCGUUUAUGAAGGAAGCUGGGGAGUCGUGGCUUUGGCUGUGACAGGUUUGUCCAAGUGAAAGCUUUGAUACUCAUCCCCCAGAGUAUCUCAGAAGCAAGUUGCUCUCUUACCACAUUCCUUUCCCUGGGCCCCCCAUUCCUUAUCCAGCGCUGUGAAGAGAGUGCCAUUUUCGGAUGAAGGACACUGUCUCUUUGGUUGGUCAAGGGGCAACUUUGAGAAUGAAAUGGGAUGUAAUUUUUGUCCCCCCCCCCGCAUCCAUUUAUUUGGAUGUGUACAUGCUAGUUGAAGGGCAUACUAUCUAGUUUCUUGCUCUCGGAUUUCCUUCUUACGUCUUUUCUCUCUUUGGGUCCAUAAUCUUUCCAUUGCCUCCCCCUUCCAGGCAGCUCUACUCUUGCAGAGCCAUGACAGGACAUUUUAAAAUUCCAAUGGAAAACACUACAAAGAAAUUCUAUGGAAUCACUAGUGACUAACUACUGGGAGCCUAUUUUCUCAAUCUUCCUCCAUGUUGUGUUCUUUGUAUUUUCAAGAUGAUAAUAUAUUAUGUAUUUGAAUUGCUGAAAACAAAAAUUGAAAGUGAAGUUUAAGAUAUAUGUAUAUAAAGCAUAUCAUGUAUUGGUGCAAUAAUGGUAAUUAAAUAUAUGGAAAAUG